AUGCGAUCCGUUGUGACCCAAGUCGCUUUUGCGACGCUCUUCCUCGCCUCGGCGGCGAUUGCGCACGGCGACGAGCCAAUGGACAUGGACAUGGACAUGGAUAUGCACGCGAGUCCAAGCAGCUCGGUGCCUACGACUACAUCGUCCCCGAGCUCCGAAACUAAUGGGCCCAUGAGCUAUUUCGCCUACGGCAAACACUCUAGCACCAUCAUGGCGCAUGUCGCGCUGAUGAUCCUCGGUUGGUGUUUCGUUCUUCCAGCUGCGGUCAUGCUUAGCGUCGCGCGUUCGCGGCUUGCGAUUCCGUCGCAAUUCUUGUUUAUGAUCGUUAACGUUGUCGGGUUGCUCUUUGGCAUUAUCUACAACAGUCAGACACCGGAUCUGUACGAGAAUAACGCGCACCACAAGAUUGGCUGGAUUGCAACCUGGGUAAUCGGCACCCAGAUCGUACUGGGUUUGAUCACCACGUACGCUGGGCGCGGCGAGUCUACGUCCGCUGCGCCGUCGUACGAGCAUGCGACUUUCUUGCCUGUUGCCACGGACGAUCAUGAGAACGCGUACCCAUGCGGCCCGCUACAUGAAUACCGCUGGUCUCGCGAUAGUGGGCAGGGCACUGAGCCCGGUUCCUCUAUUCACAGCCCGGGCUCUCCCGUAGAGCCGGAGGGCUUUGAUGGAUUCGAGAAGCCGGAGGAUCCCAUUCCUCAGCCAGCUCUCCCCCGCAGUUGGUUUCCAACGGUUUUCAUGGAUCACUUCCUAUCUCGGCGCAUUCCCGGCAUGGUUUCGAACCGAGUGCUCCGAAUCUUCAGCGUUGUAUACAAUGUUAUUGAUCGUAUCAUCCUGCCGUUCGGAUUUAUCGCCAUUGCCACAGGAGCUGUGACCUACGGAGGCAUCAUGCGAAACCGCGAAAUCUUUAAUGGAUUGGCACACUUCAUUAAGGGUGGGAUCUUUUUCUGGUACGGAAUUUUGACCCUGGGCCGCUUCGUUGGCUGCUGGGCGGAUCUUGGCUGGGCAUGGAACAAGAAGCCUUCUGCGCCUAUCGUCGAGGGCUGGAAAGCCAGGGUCCCAUCCGGGGAGUUUGUCGAGUCCCUCGUCAUCUUCUUGUAUGGAAUCACCAAUGUGUUCCUCGAGCAUCUGUCCAGCUGGGGUGGCGCUUGGUCCGCCACCGAUCUCGAGCAUGUUUCGAUCUCCGUCAUGUUCCUUGGAGGUGGUCUGGCUGGCAUGCUUUUCGAGUCGGCACGCAUUCGUGAUGCCCUUAACCACACCGUCCUCCGUACGCCCGCCCACGGCACCCGCGACGAAAGCUGGCAGGCGCCCCCGACCCAACGCGUCCCUCUCAACCCGAUGCCGGCCCUGAUCAUCUUGUUGCUGGGAAUGAUGAUGGGCUCCCACCACCAGACGAGCAUGACAUCGACCAUGGUCCAUAAGCAGUGGGGCAACAUGUUGGUUGGGUUCGCGUUGGCUCGUGGAAUGACUUAUGUGUUGGUGUUCCUCCGCCCUCCCACUUCGUAUCUCCCGGCACGCCCUCCCACCGAGAUCGUCUCCUCGUUCUGUUUGAUCGCCGGAGGACUCAUUUUCAUGCUAAGCACACGUAAUGUAAUUGAAGCUAUGGAAUACUAUGAACUGGAUGCGAUGUUCACCUUCACCGUGGGAAUGGGCUUUACGGCGUUUAUCAUGGCUCUGGAGGUCCUUGCUAUCGCGCUCAAAGCUUGGGCUGUCAAGCGCGAGCAUCGCCCGCAACUGACCUACCGGUUCCCUUGA